AUGGAGCUGAUUUAUUAUUCCAUAAAACCAGAAUGGUUUGGAAAAAGUGUACCACCAAAAAAUCGGUCCAAAAGAAGAUGUAAUAAUAACAAUAUCAUCAAGAAAGCAGGUUAUCAUAAUUCCAAAUAUAGAUUUUGUACCAUAAAUAACUAUAUAGGACCAGUACCAGGACAUAUAAAAUCUACUCCAUUUUCAGUAACAUUGAUUUGCGGUAAUUGUAUUAUGUUUGCGAGAAAAUCAGUCACUGUUGACGUAAGAUUUUUUUCUGCCUUUGCUGUGGAGAUAAAACCAAAAAAAAGAUAG